AUGAUAAUAAAAAUUUGGAAAGAUAUCGAAAAGCUGGUGUUGAAUAUUUCACUUAAUUUUUUUAUAGAAGAGCUCUUGAAUAUUAACAAUCGUCGUCUCCUCCUUGCUUAUCAAACCUUAUUCGAUUCUUAAGAUUUAAAAUAUAUUCAUUUACAAUUAUUCAACUCUCAAUAUCUCUCCAAAACCUCCUAGUUUACUAUGGUGAGAAUAAUGGAGGCUAAAUCAUAUGUGAUGGAAUAAAUAAACAUUUACCCAACUUCACAAGAUACUUUGUUAACGAUUAUCGAAUCAAUUAUAUAUUUGGCAGAGCAAGAAGUCGUCAAGAUUCAUGAUCAAAUCCCUCAGGUGAAUAAGAAAGACAGGAUAUAUGAAAAUCUCUUAAGGAAAUCUUUGGAUAGACCGAUUGAAAUAACAGAAAACAAGAGCAAAAGCGUAGAAAGACCAUAUGAUUACAGUUACAAUAAGAUGAUGUAUAGGAAGUUAAAGUAGGAGGCUUUUAAAAUGCUAUCGACUAGUGUAGAGAUCGAAGAUGCCAAUGCAUUGGUGGAUAAUUAUAAAUUAGUAAAAUCAACAGACACAACCAAUGUUCCUUUGAGACAAAUGCCCAAAUCAAGUUUGCAUAAUUAUUAUGUAACUUAGAUUUUGAAACCCAUUGGUAUAAAUGCUUACAAACUCUCAAUUAUGGAUAUAUAAAAAAAUAAAGAAAUCUUUUUUGACACCUUCAAAAAUUUUUUAGCAAAACGAUUGUUUGAAAAUAGUGAAUGA